AUGUUUGCUGAGCAACAACUGCAGUUCGGUCAGGAGUUACAUGCAGAGCAGCUGCUAGCAAAUCAGAUGCGGUCUAGGAAGAGACCAAAUGAUGACAUGAAUCCUAAUGUAGACCCUGCGAAGCGGAUGGAUAACAGAAAUAAAGAGAACUGCUCUCCAGAGUUGGCAAUGGUUCCGCCGAUGUACCAGAGCACACCGCUAAUGGCGGGUCAACGAGAGUUCUUCAAUCCCAACAUGGCCUCACAGAUGCAGUUCUAUCCAAAUUUCUUUCAACACCAGUCUGCGUUGUCAUACAUGGAACAGAAUUCGAUGUCCUCUGAUAGUGGAAUACUUUCAGACGAAUCGAGAAAUGAUUCGAUUUUCGAAAGCAACAAGCAAAUAAUACCUCCACGGCCAGAAGCAAAACCGACUACGUCCAAUGUAAAUCCUCUGGAAGUAUUCGAUGAAGCACCAGGACGGUUAUGUCUUUUGAAUGCGUCCACAAAGUAUAAGGUGACACUGAGCGAAAUUCACCGUCGCAUGAGCCAUCCGGAAACUCUACACGCCAGUCUCAUCAACGGUGUUCUCAGAAAGGCGAAAACGAAGGACGGUUGCAAAAUGUUACGUGAUAGACUGGCAGAGAAAGGAGUAUCACUUCCCUCAGGACGAAGAAAGACCGCACCAACGACGUCGUUCACAGCACUUUGUGAAAGAGAAGCUCUUGUGAUGGCUCGCGAUUUCAAUAAUCUCUGCCACAACAGUCUGAACACCUUCGAGAUUGCACGGCACUCCAACCGACUCCAGUACACGCCACAGGAGCUGGCAAUAGUCAGGCGUUACUUGGCUGGAAUAAUGGCAAUAUUCGACGAAGUACCAGAAGACCCAGAGGAUUACGUGGAGAAGAAUUCGGCUACACAUUCGAUUAACAUCUUUAGUAUGCUCACCCACGGAUUCGGCCAUAACGCUUUGAAGUCUGCAUGGAGAGUGCUGGCAAAGAUUGUUGACACGCAACACGCCAUGCUCCAAGGAGUACCCCCUCAAACGCAAAACUUCCACAUGCCGUACCACAUGCAGCAGUUCUUAUAG